CGUCGGUCAUUCGGCUCCAGCGCAAAAGCGGGGGAUCAACAGACGGCGUCAACAAAACAAAAUCCAAUCUAACAUCCACACUCCUUCCAAUUAUCGGUGCCACAAUAUUAAUUGGUCACGUUUCCCCCCAGAUUUCCAGAUUUGAGGCACUUUCGCACUCCUUACCCAAUUCGUCCUACCACAUCUUGCGUCACUUCCCCAUUGUACCUCGGAAUUUUUCUCUUACGGCCAUGGACUCUACUGCUUUUGCCCGAUCGACUUCGCGUCCAAGACCUUCAUCCAGGCCCACGACCCCUCUACGACCCAGCUCUCGGUCUUCAUUACGUGAGGCACAUGGCUAUGGAGGAAGCAUCAGCAAUGCAGGCUACACCCAACCUGCGAUCAAUGCCCUCGAACCACAGUUUGCAGAGCUCGCAGACUCCAUGGCCGAUCUUGAGGCCAAUUUUAUGCACCUCCAGUUGAUGCACGAGAGCCUUACGCGCUUUAGCGAGAGCUUUGCCAGUUUUCUCUAUGGCUUAAACAUGAACGCCUUUUGUGUAGAUUUUCCAGAGGCUCCGAUCGCCGAAUCAUUCAAAAGAGCCAAACAGGCGGAGGCUCAGAAAGAAGCUGAAGUGGAGCAAAUUCGACCGACUAAUGAAGGCGAAACGACGUUCAUGACUACUGACACGUCUUUCGUUGAAAAUCCUUCAAGUACAAUCUCCCCCAAACCGGUACGCAAAACUCCUACUUCGUCGCGGGGAACCACAAGAGGGUCUAGCACUCGUGGUCGUUAUACAACCAGAGGCACUAGAGCUCGUCCAAGCGCGCUGCCAAGGGGCAGAGGGCUGCGGUGAAUAUCAUGAUGAAAAUUUCAUGAUCCUUCUCAAUGGACCGACUCGUAUUUGUACGAACAUGGCCUGUCGAUUCCUUUGCUCGUACAACGGGUAUCUAUCGCUAGCCAGCAUACCAUCGGCAUUCCAUGGUGAAAACCUACCAAAACUCACGCAGCGCGAUGGGUUAAGGGAGUGGUUGAUCCAUGCUAGAGAGUCCAAUCGGGACUUCCCCAUGGAAGACAUUCUAUUCUAGCCACCAUGCCUUGAUUUCCGAGCGGCCGAACUAGUUGGCCCUACGAGGAUUCCUCCGUGUAAGGACUGAAAACCUCGAGCAACCUCCGGAUUUCAGCAGGUCCUUUGUACCUAGUACUGCCGUCUUAGUUCAGUACAUUCAAGUGUAGGUAUUCAUAUCAUGUGUCAACGUGAACCAGACUAGGAGUUCUUGCCGGAGUGACUAUCGAGUCUCUGGCCGCUUCUACAUUAGGGAUAAAAUCACAGACGAUCGUAAAUCAGUAGUUUCUAUGUUCUUUUUUAAGGUGACGGUGAUGGGGACUACAUGUUGAGAACUAUCAUAUCAAUACGUACCGUAUUUCUCGGAUCAAAUGCAAUCCCGGUUUCUUAUCGCUCGGAAGUCGUAACCCUUGCGGCAAAAAAAAGAUCUUUCAAUCUGCCAUGGCCUCUGCUUUAGUCGCCAGUGC